AAUCUAAAUUUUCUAAAGAGGAAAAGCAAUUCUAAACGAAACGUAGGUCGGCUGACUGGUCCGUUUCACACGAUUUGACCUCUACUCUGCCGGAAGAUAAGGGCUUCUUUUGCAUACACUGCUUCUCUCAUUCAAUACAGUAGAAGAACAUUCUUGUCGUAGGAGCAGGACAGUCGCAGGAACAUGCGGCUGUCCGUUGCGCUGGCGUUUGCCGGCACUGCUGAGAGCCUGAGGCUCGAUCACCAUGCCAAACGUCUGGCGCGGAAGCGGAUGAGCCGAGAAGCCAACAACAAGGUCCAUGCAGCAGACAAGAAGAGUGUGGUACUGAUUCUUGCGAUUUGGCUUUUAUGGAUUCGCAGUGAGAUGGUCCAUUGAGGAUGGAAAGAACUCCUACCACCCAACAGAUACUUCUGCCAUGAAACGCUUCUAGGGCACAGUGCAAAAGGUAUGAUGUAGCUUCCUGACAAUUAUAUCAUCCUACAGAAGAUUAGAUUAUGUGAGUCACUUUUUCAUCAACUAGCUACAUCAACUUCGUAUGCAACACGUGUUUGAGCAGCAUGAACCAUGUGAAUCACCCAAAAACAGAAACUGGACCCAACCGAAAAUGAGCACGCAAAUCCGUUCUUUGUGCGCGAUUGGUGGCCGCACCCAGCUGGGCCAAAGGACGAUGCUGCUAAGAGUAAUCCAGAAAACGCCGAGACUUUGGCGACAGAAGAGGCCAAUGCUGAAGCCAUGAAUGCGGAUGGCUUUGCCAUCAACAAGGAGUACGAGGCUGAGGCGAGCAAGAAGGUUUUAUUUACUUUAAUAUUGCUGUAUGAUUCACUUAGACCUACUCUCUACAGUUAUAAUGAUGAUGCUGUCUACCCAAGAACUUAUUUGAUACGAAAACACGAUGUUCUUCAAUUCCCUCCCCAUGUUUAAAUCUAUUUCACCCUCCUUUACCUUUUACCACCCAGGCAUCAGACAACGAUGCCUUCAACGAGGAAUUGAAGAAAAAGGCAGAAGAAGAGAAAGGAAAGGCCAAGAAGGCUGAGGAGGAUGCCAAAGCAGUGAAGAAGAAAGCUGAGGAGACCAGGAAGGCUGCCCUAAAGUUAUGACAGGAGUUGUCAGAUUGAAGCUAACUUUCGGGAAGGGAAAUCUAAAUCAUCUAGGUUUAUCCCUGCAGGCAAUAUCUAAACAAUCUUGGUUCAAAUAGAGCUGAUCAAGCGUAGUUCGAACCAACGCAGUCCUAGGUCUUGUACUUUCGUAAGUGUUUUCACGUAAACGUGAAUACUGGAUACACUGAUAAGUAGUCCUCCCUCAUACUUCGCUCUGUUGGACAACCUGCAGACGAAGGUUUCGGAUCUGCAGGCGUUCAAGAACAAGGAGUUAGCAAAAUGCGACUCCGAUUUGACGGGGGCCAGAAAUAAGUGGCAGGGAGAUCAACAGUGGUUUCAUCGUGAGCGCCAGAACGCGGCAAACAACUUUUACGGAAAGAUUUGCAUCUGAAGAUUUUCUAAAUCUCCUAAAUCGGUCCUGGUCUUCAAAGUGAAUUGAUGAAGAAAGUAUAUUAGAUGCAGAGAAGUACGGCUCUUGUUCCGCUAAUUUCUCCGUGGGAGGGUGAACAGAGCACCAUGGUGGAAGAAAAUCUUUGUGUACGCGAAAAGUUUGGUCCAGUACCAUCGUCGAUUGCGCCAGAUCGAGCACGAGAUGGGUCCCAAGAAACGUUCUUGGAAAGGGGUACCUUAAUAUACUGUUCAUUCAAAGAGAGGCACUCCCAUGACAUGACUCUUAAAUUUAUAGAUAAAUCUAAGUGUUGAAAGAACAUCAAAAUUACUAGUAGAUUACGAGGCUAAUUUCACACCAUGCAUUGUAGUUUCUUCUUGAACUACGUGAAGAUGGAUCUGCUCUGCCACAACUUUAUUAUAUUCGGGGCUGUUUCGUCUCAUGUGGAACUUUUUUGACUAUCUAAGGUUUACCCGCUUAUUAUCCCACCCACGACCCUCUGUUCCUUGCUCCUUCUUCAGGCCAAGGAUAAGCAUCGCAAGUGCAUGUUGCAGAGGCGCGAGUUUGAUUGGCAAAUUGCGCAGGCCAAGGCUAAGUAUGAAGAGGCCCGUGGAACACCGGAAACGGACUAUCUUGGUUGCUUCGCUGACAAGCCGCAGCGAGCAAUGAUGCGCGUGCGAGGAUGGUACAGAUCAUCUAGAUAAGAGAGUAACAUCAGUAGAAUUUGUCCUGACAAGAAGAAAAAGAUGCUCCGUGCACUUUGAGAAUAGGAAUCUCCAGAUCUCCUACAACUCGUACAGAAUUUUCAUGACAAGAACCCAAUACCUCGAUUCAACAACUUCACCAGGUUCUCCAUCAAGAAGUGCGCGAAGGCAUGCGGGAAGCGAGGCACCGAGAAUAUGGCUAUGCAGGACGGUCAUCAGUGCUUCUGCGGCCGCGCCACCCAGCACGAGAAAUAUGGCAAGAAACCGGAUGGCGACUGCUCGAAGCCCUGUGAGUAUCCAGAGGAGCGAGAGGCAGGCAAGAAGUGCGGUGGCGCGUGGCGCAACAGUGUCUACCAGCUCAAGUAGGUCCUGUUGGACUUGGUGAUCGGACAGGGUCUGUCAUCUCGUAGAAGUUAGUAGAAUUAGUUAGUCAUCUGACGGCUGGACGCCACGGUGAGCUGGGGGUGGGGAGUAGUACAAUCGUCAGCAAGCUGGAGUGGAGAUGAUGGGUCGUACUGACUAGUCGCGUCUUUUUUGGAGGCAAACGCGGUCUGUGCUGUGCUGGUCUAGUUGUACUUGAGAAGGAGAAAUCAUCAGAAAUCAUCCGUGGUGGUCAUCGUGCAGAGACAGACAGGGGGGGAAUGGAGGGGGUUAAUUUAGAUAAAGUCACAGAGUAGUUUUUAGAAAAUGAAGGGUUGUCAAAGGAGUGUCAGUUUCUUUCAUUGUUUUUGCACCAGUAAGACGAGAUCACUUUUCCUGGCUGGCUCAUCGUCAUAACAAGUUGGAUGGAUACUCUAGUAGUGUCAAGAUAUUACGACUUCAGUAGGCGGUUUUCAGUUUUUUCAUUUAGAUUCCAAAAGCAGAUUUGUGAUUUACAUUUAGUCUUUUCCUAUCCUUGUCAUACGCAUGAAUAAACCGCAUGAUGUGUUGUAUCGUUUUUUCGUUGUCUUCGUGACAUGUCAGCAUUUAGAUUUUUUCCUAUUUUCUUACUUUUCCGCACGUGAGAGGCUAGUUUAGCUCUCUCCAGUACCACAAAAUUUAUGUCAAAUUGCGACUCGAGCAUGCUUGUUACAAGAAAGUACAGAGCUCGAGAACAAGGUAAUAUCGAAGAUUAUAAAUUGCAAAGAAAAAGUUUUCAUGCAAGUUUCAUGUCGUAAGUAGCUGGGGUGCUGUACACCAUGGCAAGUAGACAUGUAAGUAGGAUUCCGCUAUGCGACUUUAUCGCUUGGGUUUGACAGAUGAUGCAUGCAUUUCAGCCACCGAUUAUCGGCCACCUAAUCUGUGGGAAUCAUCGGUGAGAUAGCACAACCUAGGAAGCACGUCCAAGACGGGGUCGCAAAACUCCGGUUUCUAAUGAAGGCGAUCGAGUAAGUACCUAGAAUGCAACGAUCUGUAUGUCGG